AUGGAAAGGCGACCAGUUACUAACGUUAGACAGUGGCAUCCUUUAUUGAGGGAAAUUAUUUCUUCAAUUCCUGAUGUUCUGCCAAAAUCAGAAUGGGAUUUCUUAAAGCCCGGAUUCUAUGUAACAUUUUGGCAGUUGUCGUUGUAUGAUGUGCAAUAUCCAGAAGACAAGUAUGAAGUCGAGCAGAAACGGUUGACAGCAGCUGUGGCCACAGUUUCUUCUUCAAUUACCACCCUGGAGAAGAGUCGUAACUCUGACUCGAGUCAGAUCAGACAGAAGAGAGCAGAGCGUGAACAGCUCAUGGCACAAGGUACAAAGCUGAUUGCAGAGUCUAAACGUCAUGCUUUACAUUAUAGCAAAUCGAUCGCUAGAUUGCAGGCAGAAAAAGACUUGUGGUUCAGCCAGGAUGCUUCUGAUUCAGAAGCUGCUCCUGAUUCAUCAGAAUCGGUACCUGGUAAGAUAAGACGAAGAAACCAGAGCAAGCAACUUUUAGCUCAUUGUUUACUUCCGCGAGCGAUUCAUUCGCCUGUAGAUGCUAUGUUUUGUUCACGUUUUAUUGAGUUAUUACACGGACUUGGUACUGAGGGAUUCUCUACAUUGCAAUUUUUCGAUGCUCUAUUUUCAGACGACAUGCUCUAUGCUACUUUAUUGACGUGUACUCCAUAUGAAGCAGAAAACUUGGGUAUUUUCUUGUCUCAAGUAUUCACAGUGUUGAGUAAAUGGCAUGCAAGCGAAGAAGUGUAUACCGCUCAAGGACUGGGUGAGAGUAUUGGAAAGGGCGAAAAUGACGAAGAGAUUGUUAAAUAUCUUCCAACAAUGAGGCUGAAAUAUGAAGGAGAUAACCUGACAUAUUUGGCCUAUGAAGAUUUCAAGCGUAUUCUCGGUAAAUGGCAUCGUUCGACUGCUGCUACUGUUAUGGGUUGUUUAGAGAGUAAGGACUAUAUGCAUCGUCAUAAUGCUAUUACCAUGCUUAAAAAUGUGAUGGGAGUGUUCCCUAUUAUUGAGCACCUAGCAUGGGAAAUCUGUGACUUACUUGAAACUAUUGGCAAGGAAGAAGAUCGUGAAGACUUGAAACUGGCAGCCACAGCACUUGCUGGCCACUUGAAUUCAAAAUCAAAAGAAUGGAUUCCAAUGGAUAAAUUCCAAUUAGUAACGGACGAUAUGAAGAGACAGUUGGAUUUGGCUAAAGAAGAACGACUUCGCAAGAAGGUACUUGCAAAUUCUCAACAGCAACAACGACAGAAUCAGCAACAGACUCCCACGGCUCCAGCGUCAUCGCUAGCAGCUUCGGCGUCUUCCCAACCCACUGGUCCUGCAUCAUUAGAAUCAAGAACUCGAGAUUCACGCGGUGGAACUCCAUUGGGACCACAGGCUCUGCAGUCUAAGGGGGCUACUAAUGAAAAUUCUAAGGAAGGACGAGAUGAAACCAGAGGUAGAGACUCGAAACGUGCCUCAGCUGUUAAUACACCCUCGGACACACCUCGAAAUAGGUCACCCAGACGAACUUUAUCGCCCUCUGGUGGUCGUAUGGACUACAGAGAUCGGGAUCGUGACCGUAAUACCCGAGGAGCUGGUGGUCGUGACAGACGAGAUGACCGUGCAGGAGGAAGAGAAUGGCCCUCACGAGGUGACCAAUGGGACCGUCGAGAAAACCGAAAAGAAGACGUUGGUGAGUCUGACGGGCCAGCUCUUUCUAGAACUGCUUCGCAGAACCAAAAUCGUGGUAGAAAUUUGCGUGAUGGAAAGGAGCCUGCUAGGAGAGAUGGAAGAGAUGGACCAAGAGACGGACCAAGAGGCGGACCAAGAGAUGGUGGAAGAGACGGCGGGAGAGAUGGACCAAGAGACGGUCCAAGAGACGGUCCAAGAGAUGGUCCAAGAGACGGUGGAAGAGAUGGACGAGACAGUGGACGAGAUCGCGAUCUGGUUGACAACAAAGAACCAACUGGACCCAGAGACCAAAGGUUUCAAAGAAAUGGUCGAGACUUUAAAGAGUCUGAACAAGGAGAAUCCAAGAACCAACGUAAGGACCAACGGAUGCAAAGAUUACAAAAGAGUCUUCUCGAUAGCAGCAACGACCGACCUGAAUCGUCACGAGACCAACGUAACAGCGGUGGUAGACAGUCUGAUCUGUUAGACACAACAAGAGGACCAUCUCAAGCAGCCUCUAGACCUGACAGCAACGACAGAUCACGCAACAACGAUUCAUCUGGAUCAGUAAAUUCAAUUCCUUUGGGUCCAAAAAAGAUAGCAUCCAGAGGACAAAAGGAUAAAGAUGAGGGUCCGCCACCACCAGCAUCAUCUUUGUCAGUUGGUGAUGAAAGGAGAAAUAACAGGGAAUCCCGCGAACGCGAGCGUGAACAACGUGAACGAGAAAGAGAACGGGAUCGUGAUCUCAGAGAACGUGCAUGGGAUAAAGACCAGGGACCAGAUCAACGAGACCGUGAUCGUGAUCGUGAUCGUGACCGCGACCGCGACCGCGACCAGCGGAACCAGCGUGAACCCUACGGACGUGACCAUGGACGGGGUCGUGAUGUAGACCGUCGUGACCACGGUCGUGACACUUUACGAAACGGUCGUGACCGAGAUUCCCGUGAUACUCGUGACUCCCGUGACUCCCGUGACGCCCGCGAUUCUCGAGACCGUCAUCGAAACCUAACCGGUUCAACAUCCGAACAACAACCUCUACCACUACAUCCACCUUCUGAAGCGCCAAAUGACCAAACAAACGACAGACGACGUUCUGGCUACCGAGGAAGAGGUCGUGAUGUCAGUGAUGACCACAGCACCGCCACUUCACUACCUCCUCUACCACCACCAUCCGACCCACCUGCUGCUGCACCUCCAUCAACCGGUCCCUCUUCCGCUCCCGGACCGAGCAAUGGCGGUCGCAGCUACCAACGACGCGGCCGAGACGGGCGCGAACGCGAAGACCCCAACUAUCGCCGAACCAAACGCCGAGCCGAAGACGACUCGGCCAACCAGUCCCAAACCGACCGCGAAAAGCGCAUGCGCAAAAAGUAG